AUGAAUGAUGAAAGGAUUUAGUUUUUAGAAUGGAAGAAUGAAAAAGCGAUUUUGCAAUAGAAAAUUUAAAUUUAAGAGAUGUUUAUAUAGGAAGCUAAGGAAAGAGAGGAGAACUUAAGAAAAAUGAAUGAAAUCUUCAUUAAUACAUUGAAUCAACAAUAAAAUGAAAAUGUUGUUCAGAAGUUCUAAAAAACUUAUGAAUAGGUUGAGAUAGAAAAAAAGUAGGACAUUAUAAAUGCUUAAUAAAUUUAAAUUAAGUUAUUCGAGGGUAAAUUGGCUGAAAAAGAGCAUCAAAUUAAUUAAAUUUAAAAAAGCUAUGAAAAAGAAAUUGAGAAACUACAAAAAAGAAUUGUAGAAUUAGAGUAUUUAUCUUGCAAUAAAGAAAACAUUAAUUAUUAAAACAUAAUUGAAUAUUAAGUAAAUCAAUAAUAUGAUGAUGAAAAAGCACUUCAAUAGCGAAAAAGAAAUUAGAGCCCAUCUCACCCAACAACCAGGAUUAGGGUGAGUCAACAAUAACAAUAACUACAAUAAAUUUCGAACAAUAAAUUUGAUGAAUCUACCUGCACAAAUCAAGAUUCAACUGAUAUUUCAGGAUUCUUAAAUAGAAUUAAUCCUAACCUAUAAAGACAAAUGAAAGAUAUCUAAAAUAAACUUUAUAACACAAAAAAGAAGUUAACCACAACUACAGAACAAGAGACUUCAUUUAUACGUUAGUCAAUUCAAAAAAUAAAAAAUCGAUCUAGGAAUCAUUCUAUUUCUAUAAACGAGAAUCCAUAUUGUGAAUAGAGAUCAACAUGGGAUGAUUAAGUUGAAUAUAGAACCAAUCAAACAAAUUAGACAAACUAAUCUUUGAUGUGUAAUGGAUUUAGAUUUUCUUGA